CACAUCAAUGCACACAUGUAUAAAAUUAUUUGAUAGAGAUAAUGAAAACUGAGACGCAUGGUUGCUCUGUCUCUAUCUCUCUCUAAAAAAACUUCAAGCUUCUCUCUCUCUUUUUGGAAUUAAAAGGUUGAACCUUUACUUUUUCUUUUCCCCUCACUUUCUACAGAUCUUGUCUUUCAGCUGAAUACAAAUCUAAAAAUGGACGAGCACCAUACUCAGUACGGUAUACCGGAACUCCGUCAGCUCAUGAAAGGCGGAGUGAGGACGACUACUACGGCAUCACCGUCCACUUCUUCUCAUUUUCCUUCUGAUUUUUUCGGCUUCAACCUCGCCCCGGCUGCGCUGCCGCAAAACCACCGUCUACAUCAGUUCACUACUGACCAGGAGAUGGGUUUCUUGCCACAUGGCAUACACGGGUUGGGUGGGGGUUCUUCAACUGCUGGAAAUAACAGUAACUUAAACAUGAGCACCAGUGGUGGAGGAGUUGGGUUUAGUGGGUUUCUCGACGGAGGAGGUCACGGCGGUAGCGGAGGAACGGGACGGUGGCCGAGACAAGAAACCCUAACUCUGCUGGAGAUUAGAUCUCGUCUUGAUCAUAAGUUCAAAGAAGCUAAUCAAAAGGGACCUCUCUGGGAUGAAGUUUCUAGGAUUAUGUCUGAGGAACAUGGAUACCAAAGGAGUGGGAAGAAAUGCAGAGAGAAGUUUGAGAAUCUUUACAAAUAUUAUAAGAAGACUAAAGAAGGCAAAGCCGGAAGACAAGACGGUAAACACUAUAGAUUUUUCCGGCAGCUUGAGGCGCUCUACGGUGAUUCCAACAACUUGGUUUCAUUUCCCAAUCAUAACACACAGUUCAUGAGCAGUGCUCUUCAUAGUUUUCACACUCAAAACGCUAUGAACAUUAGUACAACAACGUCUAACAUUCAUGACGUUGAUAGUGUUCAUGGUUUCUUACAUCAUCAAAGCCUAAGUAUUUCUAACAACUACAACUCCUCCGAACUGGAACUAGUGACUUCGUCUUCUGAAGGGAAUGAUUCUAAUAGUAGAAGGAAAAAGAGGAGUUGGAAAGCUAAGAUCAAGGAGUUCAUUGAUGUGAACAUGAAGAGGUUGAUAGAGAGACAAGAUAUUUGGCUCGAGAAGCUGACAAAGGUUAUUGAAGACAAAGAGGAUCAAAGGAUGAUGAAAGAAGAGGAAUGGAGAAAGAGUGAAGCUGCGAGGAUUGAUAAGGAGCAUUUGUUUUGGGCUAAAGAGAGGGAGAGGAUGGAAGCUAGGGAUGUGGCGGUUAUUGAAGCAUUGCAGUACUUGACCGGAAAGACGUUGACAAAGCCGUUAUGUUCGUCCCCGGAAGAGAGGAUUAAUGGUAAUAAUGAGAUCCAAAACAAUAGUGAGAAUGUCUCUGUUGAAGGAAGUGGUAGCUGCUGGAAUGAACAAGAGAUCAUAAAGCUUAUGGAGAUAAGAACUAGCAUGGACUCGGCGUUUCAAGAGAUAUUAGGAGAAUGCUCGGAUGAGUUUCUGUGGAAGGAAGUCUCAGCGAAAUUGAUGCAAUUAGGGUUUGAUCACAAAAGUGCCUUAUUGUGCAAGGGAAAGUGGGAAUGUAUAAGCAAUGGAAUGAGGAAAGAAAAGAAGCAAAUCACCAAGAAAAGGAAGGAGAUUUCGUUGAGCUGCGGCGUGUACUAUCCAAGAAACGAGGAAAAUGAGAUAUACAACAAUCAAGAAAGUGGAUAUGAUGAUAAUGAUCAGCAUCAUCGGAUGAAUGGACAAGGCAAUGUAGGCUCUUCAACAUCAAACGCAGCUGCUGGAGACUUGAGAGGCGGAAUGGCGGCUAGUACAAACUGCUUCCCGUUCGUCAUGGGAGAUGGAGAUCAGAAUUUGUGGGAGAGUUAUAGUUUGAGGCUAAGUAAAGGAGAGCAUCAGUGAGUGUGUUUUCGAUGAAAUUAUAUUUAAAUAUCUUAUAUUAGGGUAGAAGGAUUUAUGAUGCCUGUUCUUUUUAUUUUAGUUUGGUUACGACGGUAUCUUCAAGACUAGCAAGGAUAUUUAGAAAAAAAUUAAAUCAAACUUGUUUAUCCCU